AUGUCACUGCUUCUCCUUCAGAUGUUAGUACUCUCAUGUCUUGGAGCCACAGAGCUACAGAGAAAUUCACAGCAAAGGAAAAGCAGAAGGCCAUUUCAGCACUUUCUCUACCUGAACAAAAAUCUGUUUGAAAGCCAAAGUUCUCCUGAGCUGGUAAGCGAGAACCCAGUAGGAGUUGAAGAGACCCUGAAAGUACCAAGCUUUUUUGUAUCAAUUCCACAGACAGCAUCUGGAAGUGAGAAGAAAGAGGAUAAAAAAAUGUCCAGAUUCAUACUUCCCAAUGCAGGACUCCAUGCAGACCAAAACCCAAGAACCUGGAUUUCAUCCAGAGAUACCUCUCCUGUGGAAAACCUCUCUCCACCCCAUUAUUCCAGCAAGAGAGGGUCUGAAUUUCCCUACAGAAAAGAUGCCAAGAAGUUCUGGGACCAUUUCAUGUUAAAGAAAAAUUCAGCAUCUGAAGAGGUUGUCCUGCCAAUCAAGACCAAUGAAAUGCACCAAGAAAACUGCAGAACCCUGCCUUUCACCCAGGGUGUUACUCAUAACAGCUGUGAGAAGGUGACAGUACAGAAUAAUCUGUGUUUUGGAAAAUGUAGUUCUUUUCAUGUUCCUGGUUCAGAAGAUCAUCUUUAUACCUUUUGCUCUCGUUGCUUGCCCAGCAAGUUCUCCAUGAAGCGCCUGGAUCUCAACUGCACUGAUUCUGUUCCAGUGGUCAAAGAAAUCAUGAUUGUAGAAGAGUGUAAAUGUGAAAGUCGGAAGAUUAAAGACCCUGUGAUUGGAUCUCUACUGUCAGACUUGUAUGAAAAUGUACAUGAGCACAAUUAA